UUAGUCUUCCACAGGUGUACCGGCUCCUCCCAUUCAGUCUUGCACAGGUGUACUGGCUCCUCCCCUUCAGUCUUGCACAGUUGUACUGGCCCCUCCCCUUCUGUAUUGCACAUGUGUACUGGCCCCUCCCCUUUAGUCUUCCACAGGUGUACCGGCUCCUCCCAUUCAGUCUUGAACAGGUGUACCGGCUCCUCCCCUUCAGUCUUGCACAGGUGUACCGGCUCCUCCCCUUUAGUCUUGCACAGGUGUACUGGCUCCUCCCCUUCAGUCUUGCACAGGUGUAUCGGCUACUCUUCUGGAACGUCUUCCUCUGAUGUCACUGCACACGCUGCAGCCAGUCAGAUAGAGCUCUGCCUCCUUUCCUGGCUG